AUGGCGAGGAAAGGAAUGAGGAGUCUCUUCUUCCACCACCAUCCGUCAAAACCUGCUUCCUCUUCCAUCCCCUCCUCUCCUUCCCAUACUCGGCCCUCCUCCCCUUCUUACUCCCAUACCCGUCCCACCUCCCCUCUCUUCCCCACCUUCUCCGAAUCAAUCAUGGAUGGAAAGCUCACCGCCGCUGAAGCCAUCAUCAUCAAGUGGGACCCAGAUUCAUCUUCCUACAUUAAGUUCACAUCCCUCUUCUAUGAAGACGGCCAUGAAGCGAGAGAAUUCCUACGAUCAGUAAAAGACCUGCAGCAAUCCAUGCAUUUCUACAUAAAUCAAAACUCCAGCUCUCAGAAGCUCAUCCUCUCUCAGGUUCUCAUGCAGAUAGCCAUGAAACGGCUUAAGAAAGAAUUCCAACAGAUCCUGACUGCUAAUCGUGAUCAUCUGGACCCGGAGUUGGUGUCUGCUUGCAGCUCGACCACAACAAGAUCGAGCGUUUCAGAUUAUGAGGACGAUUCGGGGUCUGAGGACGAAAUCCAGACUCCUGGUAACUCAAUUCAGGAAGUCGAACGGGAGGCAUCGGUUGCCAUGUUGGACCUCCAGGCCAUUGCCGAGUGCAUGAUCUCAUCUGGGUAUGGCAAGGAAUGUGUGAAUAUUUACAACACCAUUAGAAAAUCGAUCGUGGAUGAAGGAAUUUAUCGUCUUGGGUUCAAACGGAUUCGUUCAAAUCAUAUACAGAAGACGGACUGGGAGGUCUUGGAACAUGAGAUCAAGAACUGGGUGAACGUGAUCAAGAUAGCAGUUAACACACUUUUCUUCGGCGAAAGGAUCCUAUGUGAUCAUGUCUUUGGGGCCUCAAACACGAUCAAAGAGUCUUGCUUCUCUGCAAUCGCCAAGGAGGCUGCAACCUACCUCUUCACAUUCCCAGAAGUCGUCACAAAGUGCAGAAAAUCACCUGAGAAGAUGUUCCGAUUCUUGGACAUCUAUAACACAAUCUCUGAGCUUUGGCCGGAUAUCGAGUCCAUCUUCUCGUAUGAAUUGACAUCCACCGUCCGAUCGCAGGCUAUAAACUCUCUCAUCAAACUUGGUGAAGGAGUCCGAACCAUGCUAACCAAAUUCGAAUCGGCAAUACAAAAGGAUUCAUCACGAUCGCCUGUCCCAGGUGGUGGGCUCCACCCACUGACACGAUAUGUGAUGAACUAUUUAUGUUUCCUUGGUGACUACAGUGAUAUCCUCUCUGAUAUCUUUACUAACUAUCCACAGCUAGUGCAGAGUCCAUCACCAGAGACAUUGCUCCGAAAUUCAAGCACUGUGGAGAAUCCGCUUUCAGCGAUCUCGACCAGACUCGAAUGGCUUAUCUUGGUCCUUCUUUGUAAGCUCGACAGAAAAGCAGAACUCUACAAAGAUAUUGCAUUGUCGUAUCUCUUCCUCGCAAACAAUGUACAAUAUGUGGUAUCAAAAGUACGCGGUUGUGAUCUACAUUACAUACUCGGUGAUCAGUGGAUUCACAAUCACGAGUCAAAAGUCCAUCAGUAUGCAGCAAAUUACGAGCGGAUAGCUUGGAGCAAGGUGGCCUCCACACUACCAGAGAAUCCAACGGCCGAGAUGGAACCCCAGAUUGUAAAAGAGCGGUUUCAGGAGUUCAAUUCGGCCUUCGAUGCUGUGUAUCGGGUCCAGUCUGGGUGGAUCGUGCCAGACGGGAAAUUAAGGGACAACAUUAAAGUUUCGGUGGCCACGAAGAUUGUACCAGCAUAUCGUGCAUUUUAUGGAAAGUAUAGGGUUCUGUUGAGAGGUGAGGGUAGCAAUUUGGUGAGAUUUUCACCAUAUGAUUUGGAGAAAUAUUUGUCGGAUCUGUUUCAGGGAAAUGGAAAUUCGGGUUCGGUAUCUGUAUCGGGUUCUUCGUUACACUCGCAGGGGUCAUGGUGA